CCUCUCAGGACACUGACUUCCCAGAGAGUGUGGGAAAAACUACUCGACACCUUUUGCCGGUUCGGGUUUCCCGCACAACUGAUCACCGACAACGCAACCUACUUUACAACCAGCACCACCGUGAUUGGGAUCUUCGCCUGGCUGAGCUGGCGUUCGCUACACGGACGACGGUCAACAGGUCUACAGGAUUCACCCCGGCGUUCCUGAACUUGGGACGAGAGGCCCCUUUUCCAGUGGAGAAUGCUUUGGGCCUCCGGGAUGGUGCUACCCGGCCUCCUUAUUCAAGGUUUGCUGAGGACCUCCGGAGUCGAAUGGUCGAUGCAGCCCGGACGGCUCGGGAGAACCUGGACGGCGCAAGGUUGGACCAGGCUCGCCAGUACAACCGUGGACGUCGGAACCUCACCUACAGCGUCGGUGACCUCGUCCUUCGACGGACUCCCUUUCUCUCACAGUUUCAAUGCCACGUUCCGCUCUACAUCCACACCGCCCGGUUUCGGAGACCCAGCACGGGAUUCUGGACCCCCGGACUGCACAGCCCGCUCCUCUCUUCAACACCGCUCCGUGGCCACCUGGACGGUCGUGGCCAAUGGCCUGCCUGUGGCAUGGACGUCACGGUCCCGCUGGAGCAGCCAGCCCCGGCCACUGCGGGGAGAAGACCAGUCACGGACUCCUGCCCCGUUCAGGGGUCUCACACUAACAGACAGGCACCCCUCGGACCCCCUCCAACCUCUGACCGCCGAGGAGAGGCGGAUCCUCUGUCCGCAAUGUCAAGUGCCCGACGUGCACAGGGGGACCCACCGCAGAGGCACCCUGCACCAAGCCCGCCUCGAAGCAACCCGCACAGUGUCCGACGUUGCCACCGCUAUCGCUACAUUACGUCGCCUUCGUCCGGAACUGCUGGUGGAGUUCGCACCUGCCAGGCAGCCCACAACACAACCUGUUCUUCCGGUACCCGAUGACGCCAUUCUCGACAUCACCGACGAUCUGAUGGCCCUUUAAGGGGGGAGGAGUGUGGUCGAACACCACGAAGCUUUCUACACAGGCCCCUGGAUGGCGCUUCAGGAAGUGUCUCAACCUUGGUCACCGAUAAGAGGGGCGUUGCUUCAAAGAAGAUAAAAAGGCAGGA